UGAAUUGUGCGAUUCGGUCGGAUGUGCGCGCGCUUUUCUUCGACGUUCUUGUGUUUCGUAUCGUCGCUCUAACUUACCUGUAUAUUCGUAUGUGUGUGUGUCUCUGCGUGUGUUUGUGCAGCCAGCAAAUCAAAACCUAAUCAAAGUAUGCAAAUGCGUUGCCAACGUUACGCACGCGUAGAAAAUACAGCUAAAUAAAAAAACCCCAAAUUGUGUUUGUUUGUGUGUGCGUGUUUCAUUUGAAAAGCCGCAAAGCGUAAAAAGCAUCAACAUCACCCGCAUGACCCGAGUGAAAGUGCAACAAAUAUCCCAACUAAAUCAAAGCUUACACCUUUAUUUCUUGGCCUUGUCCACACAACAAAGCAAACAAAACAAGUACAUAGCAGCAAAAUUAAAACAUAAUUAAGAGCAAAAUAUAGCCGUAAUAAAAGAAUCACUUGGACUACCUGUUGUCUAAGAAGUUCGUUGGACGCAGCGGAAAAUACAAGCAGAAGCAGCGCAGCAGCAGCGGAUUACAAAAAAAGAGGUGCGCAACAACAACACGAAUAACAAGCGGGAAGAAGCAGAAAAAUCUAACUGUUGCGUCUCUCGCUUCUUCGUUCGUGUGCGUGUGUUUAUGAAUUUGUGUGCGUGAAGUGCAUUUAAAAUAUUUAGUUAAUUGCGCUACGCUCAAAUAUUUUGCCCAACAGUUUUAAACAGGUUGCAGAUUGCAGUGAGCGAGCGGUUCGACAGAAUGGCGCCCAUGCCACGCAUUCAGUUGGCCAACAGCAAUGCGGCAAUCAAGGCCAGCACCAAUAAUUUUCUCUAUGCGGAAACUGUUUCCGGCGACAGCAGCCCAACGCCCAGCAGUCCGCCUUCGAGCACAGCUGGCGUAGCCAAAUCUCAGUGUUCGUCGCUGUCCGAUGGUGAGUCCUUUGAGGGUUAUGGCGAGAAUGAAUACAGCGGCCAAUUGCGAGUGCCAGGCGGAUCCCAAAGUAACAGCGGUGGCAGCCACAAUAACAACAACAACAACAGCAUCAGUGGUGGCAACGGAAGCUUAUGCGUUAGCAAUGGCAAUGGUGUUGGCCACAGUGGGCACUCGAAUGACGGCAAUAACAAUUUGAAUGACAGCGCUGGCAUUGAACUCGAUCUGGCGCCGCAUGUCUCAUCAUCGCCCAAGGAUGACGAGGAGUUGAACAUUAUGCCCCGCGACAAUUGGGCCAGACGCAGUCUGAGACGCACGCCUACAAGCAAUCCAGAUAGUUUAUCCCAGCGUCGUUGGGGCUCCAUGAGACAUUCCGGCCGCAGGCAGAUAAGUUCCAAUGCCUUAGCCAGCCAACUUUACAGAUCAUCGAGCUUCAACUCCUCGGGCCGUAGUUCCAACUGUGAUACAACUGAAGACAUGUACAGCGACAUAAGCUUGGAGAAUCGUCAUGAUUACGAUUAUCGGCUGGAGCUGCUGCAGCGUAAGGUGGAUGAUCUGUCAGACACACAGAAUAUAGCCGAGGAUCGCACAACGCGCACCAAAACAGAAUAUGCGGUGCUCCAGGCGCGUUAUCACAUGCUCGAGGAGCAAUACAGAGAGUCGGAGUUGCGCGCCGAGGAACGCUUGGCUGAGGAACAGAAGCGUCAUCGCGAGAUCUUGGCGCGCGUGGAACGCGAAGCCUCGUUGCAGAAUGAGAACUGCCAGAUGAAGAUAAAAGCCACCGAAAUCGAGGCGAAUGCACUGCGCGAUGAGGCGCAACGAUUGCGUGUGCUGUGUGAUAAACAGGCCAAUGAUUUGCAUCGCACCGAGGAGCAGCUGGAGCUGGCACGCGAUCAGAUUGCCGCACUGCAGCAGGAAUACGAUGAGCAGUUGCAAACGCUGCGUCGCCACGAGCAGGAGAAGAAAUCCACCGAGGAGCUGAUGCUGGAGCUGAGUCACGAGCUGCAGCGUGCCCGCGAGGAGAAUGGGGCACGUGCCAUGCCCACCACAUCGCCGGAGAGCAUAAGACUGGAGGAGCUGCAUCAAGAGCUCGAGGAGAUGCGACAAAAGAAUCGCUCACUCGAGGAGCAAAACGAGGAACUGCAGGCCACGAUGCUGACGAAUCAGGCCACCAUGCUGACCAAUGGCGUGGAGCAGGGUCGUCAUCUGUUGAGUGGCACCCUCAACAAUCUGGCCCAGGAGCUGGAGGAAAUGUCACAAGCUCAGGAUUCUGUGGAUUCAGCCACAUUAGCAUCCUUAAGUCAGCUGCAACAGGCCUUCCAGGAAAAGGAAGAUGAGAAUGUCCGUCUAAAGCAUUACAUCGACACCAUCUUACUCAACAUUGUGGAGAAUUAUCCCCAGUUGCUCGAAGUCAAGCCCAUAGAGCGCAAGUAGACGAAGACGACGACGAGAAAGAGAAGGAGACGGAGAAGAAGAUACAGCCCAGACACUUUACAGUUUCUGUACCACCUAACGUAAACUCAACAUAGAAACACACAGAUGGAAAAAAAAAGAAAAACAAACCAACUAAUUAACUACUUUAAAUGAUAUGAUAAGCAAAAAUCCCAUAUAUUUAUGUAUAUUUAACUUAAGUCAUAAUUUAUUUUAUAACAAAUUUAUUGUAGUUUUUAAACCGAACAACACAAAACUUAUAAAAACAAAAACCAAGAAGAAAACCUAACGCAAUGGAACAGAACAAAAACAGAAUUGUGUGAAAUUAGUUAAAAUUGUUACACUCAUUCAUUUUUUCGUAUCCCUUUUAUAUUAAUAUAAUUGUUAUGUAUAAAAAAUUCAUGUUUGUAAAAUAGAAAGAACAAAACCCCAAAUUGUCUAAAACGAAAAAUCGUCUAUCCAAUUAUUGUUUAUAGAUUUUGUAGUAUUGUUGAACCUUGGAAGAUAUUAUCUAUAAAAAAAACAAAUGUUUAGAAUCUAAGAAGAAACACCUUUUAAAUGAAACAAUAUUUAUUAACAAUUUUAACUAGCAACAAUAUGACGAUAUGUUUAUAUGAACCGUUCCCUAGUUUGAGUACCUUUUAAAGAGUUUUAUAUGCGAUAUUAUUUCAGAUACUUUAAAAGAGGCAGCCUGUGGUUUAUCUUUGGGAAUUUACAGAAAUGUUUUACCUUUUUGCUCUUAUUUCUGUUUUGAUAUCUUUGUCUCAAGAACCUUAGGCUUCCUCGCAUAUAUACUAUAUCCAGAUCCAAGAAGAACCUAUCAAACAAUUUGCGUUUAUGGUAUGGACAAUCCCCAGGAUAUGUAGUCGGAGUUUUAGUUAGAAUGAAAAGCAAUUAUUUACAAAUAAUUACACAGAUAAUACUAAACUGCAAAACUAAUCUUAUCUGAAUUACGUACUACGUAUAUUAUAAUCGUAUGUAAAACCUAUAUAGAUGGACGUAAUGUGCAAAGGUUUAGGGAUCGUUACUGUAGAAAACCCCUCCGGAUAUGUUCAGACGAUCCCUAAUUAGCUUAGACUAAAAAACUCAACGAAAACUUAAUACAUACAUAACUCAAGUGGUCAACUCUUCUAUAUGAAUAUAUACAAUAUACAUAUAAUAAUACAAUACGGAAAAUCUAUAUAUAGAGAACUUUGCUAAUCAAAAUAUUUGAUGCCUUAUAAUGAUUUAUACCAAUUAAGCAAUUCUUUUGUAUCAUAGAACAGUGUUGUAAAAGGCAAGAAAAGAAAAGUUUUAAGCUUUUAGAUAAAACUAAUAAAAAAGUCCAUUACAAUUUAUGUACAUCUAUAUAAAUAUAAAUUAACUAUGUGUACAUGUCUACGCCUAAUAAUAUAGCUUAACUACAUACUAUAUGAUUUACACCAAGGAAGUGUACGAAACAAUACUAAAAAUAAAAAUAAUAAAAAAAGAAGUAUUUUAUAAAAACAAACAA